AUGGAGAGUGCAAAUCAAACUGGGAUGAUUCACUUCCAUUUCCGCCCCUUCUCCAAACUCCCUGAGGUGCAGAUGCUGAUUUUCGUGGCCUUCCUGAUCAUGUACCUGGCCAGCAUCAGUGGCAAUGUCUCCAUUUCUCUCAUCAUCUGGAUUAACCAUUCUCUGCAUACCCCCAUGUACUUUUUCCUGGCCAACUUGGCAGUUCUGGAGAUUUGCUACUCUUCCACCAUUGCCCCUCUGACUCUGGCCAGCAUCCUGUCCACGGAGAGAGACUUCAUCUCCUUGCCUGGCUGUGGUACCCAGAUGUUCUUCUUCAUCUUCCUAGGCAGCGCUGACUGCAUUCUACUAGCUGUCAUGGCCUAUGACAGGUUUGUGGCCAUCUGUCACCCUUUGCGUUACACCCUCACGAUGAGCUGGCGGUUGUGUGUCCAGCUGGCCCUGGGGUCUCUUGUGCUGGGGUUCAUCUUGGCAAUGCAGCUGACCAUGCUCAUCUUCCAACUCCCCUUCUGCAGCAGCAAAGAAAUCAGCCUGUUCUAUUGCGAUGUCCUCCCUGUCAUGAGACUGGCCUGUGCAGAUACCUUGGUCCAUGAGGCCACGCUGUUUGUGGUCAGCAUCAUCGUCCUCCCCAUCCCCUUCCUGCUUAUCAUUCUCUCCUAUGUCUUCAUCGCGGCCGCCAUCCUGAAGAUCCGCUCGGCAGAGGGGAGGCACAAGGCCUUCUCCACCUGCUCCUCCCAUCUGACUGCGGUCCUGCUCCAGUACGGAUGUGGGGGGCUCAUCUACCUGUGCCCCAGUUCCAGCUACUCUCCAGAGAGGGACCAGGUAGUGUCUGUGGUGUACACAUUCAUCACCCCUGGGCUGAACCCCUUGAUCUACAGCAUGAGAAACAGAGAGCUUAAGGAUGCUUUGAAGAGGACAAUGAUCAGGUUCCUGUUGUCCUAA